ACGCUGCUGUAUGUUUUAUAUAUAAAAUCUUGUUCUGCAAUGAGACCACUAACUAAUAACUAUAGCUGUCAAAUAAAUAUAGUGGAGAAAGAAGUACAAUAUUUCACUUAAACACGUAGUACACGUAUUGAAAAAGUAUUCAAGACAAGUAUAGGUUCCUGAAAAUUGUAUUUAAGUACACCUCUUGAGUUAAUGUACUUAGUAUCUUUACACCGCUGCUGAUGUCUGGCAAGUUGUUACUUACAUCCUUAAGUUUGAGUUAAGUUUAAGUUAAAAAUCAGAUAAGAAUAGCAGUGAAAAUUACUAUGCAAGGAGAUGAAACCCUCCCAAAAGAGCAUAUUCAUCACCCAUACGUAACUGGUAUAAAAUAAUAUUCACACCGUCAAAGAUGUAUGACUACUACAAGAUUUAAAUAACUCUUAUGAAUUAAUGCCUCAGUAACUUAAAAUGUUAAAAGAGAUCAUUCUUCAUAAGAGUACACAUGCAUAAUACUUCUAUACUUAAAUAAAUUGGAAUAUCUGACUUUUUUUUUUAAGUGUCUAGGAUUUACACAUGGCAUAUUUUGCAUAAUUACUGACACAUUUUUACAUUGUUGCAUUACUAAGAUUUAAAUACCACUAUCAGGAAAAGGGCAUUACUAAAUGACUUUAUAUGUUUCUCAAUGAGUGGCCUAAAUAUAGACAUAGAGGGGGAGUGGGGUAUGAGCACAUGCCCUCCAAAAAGAAACUGUAUGACUUAUACACCUGUAAUAGGUUCAAGAGGGAAGUCAUGGGGUGUCCUGUAUUUUUAACUCUGACAAAUCUUGCAGUUAUCUUGGAGUUCUCUGUGUGUGGGUGAACAUUUACUUAGUAAUCUAAUGUCGCAUAUACAGCUCCACAGAGCAUCCAAGGACAUUUGCGGGGGGAAAAAUUUCAAUAAAUAUUUAACCUCUUAGUGUUAGUCAAUAAACCAAGAACAACCAAUGAUGACUGAUAGUGUAAUAACACUUAUAAUACUGGUCACUCUUCAGUCAGUAAUCUUCAGUCUUGUUUUUUGUCUUUUUGCAUCACCUACUUACUUAAACAUGAGAGCGCUUUUGAUGUUGCAAUGCCAUGACACAUGACUUGAUUCCUACUUAAUUACUUUAUUUGGUAAUUCUCUGUGAAUCAAAGUGUUUUGUCAUAUGAUCCACUGCUUAUUUAAUCUGAGCGACGGACUACACUUGGGACAGCUUCAAUUUCUUGCUGUGGUACACUUUUUUUGCAUGACCGAUAAAUGCUUCCAGUCCUGUAUGAACAAAUGGUAACCCCAAACCAUAUUCUGUGUAUGGAGCAAUAUUUAGCAGUGAAUAAGUAAAAUAAAAUAUAUGAAAUUCUGGCUUACAUGAGUAUACAUAAUAUACACACAUAAAAUCAUAAAAGAUUGAUCCAGGUUUGUGAAUUAACAUAUUGUCAGUGUUUAACAGAUCGGGUCCCUUCUGGUUUUACCUCUGUCUUCUGUUAUGUAAUGUGAUUUUAUGUUGUCAAAGUUUAGGUGCUUGCACUGACUGGGAAGCUGAUGAAUAAGAGGCAAGUUGUCAUGCUCUUGAUUCAUGAAGAUAGAAAAGCGGUGUGUAAGUGCAGUCCAUUUACCGUUGUCUGCUUUUCAUGUUGUCGUUUUGUAUUAUUUGCUUGAUUUGUACAGUUUCCGAAUAUACAUGUUGUUUGCCUCACUCAUUUUAGCUUUUUAUGUUCUGUUCGGUACCUUGAUAUAUUUGCCUGCUUUGUUCUGUUAUGAUUUUGCACGUCAUUUGCUUUAAUGUUGUUUCAAUGGCCAAUUUAACAUCUGGCCACGGGACUACAGCUGAAAAGUAGCCUUUUGGCUAACACUGGCACGUUUACAGUGAUGCUGGUCAAUGUGCAUUGUCCCUGUAAAAAAUAAAUCAAAGACAAAAGAGCAGGAAAAAUACGAGAGGUGCUUUUCACCCGGCAAACGCCAUACAUAGGGCUGAGCAACAUAAAAUUAUUUUCAAUAUUGAUUAAUGUGGAGAUUAUUUUCUUGGUUAAACGAUUAUUCGUUCUGUUUAUACAAUGUCAGAAAAUAGUGAGAAAUGCCUUUUGAUCGAAAACCCAAAUAUAUUCAGUCUACUAUCAUGUAGAACAAAGGAAAGCAUCAUAUCUUCACAUUUGAGAAGCUGGAAACAGCAAAUGUUGUGCAUUUUUACUUAGAAGGCAACUAAAACACUCAUUCAACUAUCAAAAUAGUUGGAGAUUAAUUUUCUGUCGAUCGAAUAAUUGAUUACUGGACUAAUUGUUGCAGCUCUAAUUGAGUGCGGCUGUUGGUUAAAGCAUCAUCUACACAACCGAUUACAAGACGAGAUGCAUCAAGCUCUGGGAGGCUUACCGACUGCAGCUAAAUUGUUUCCCUGGGGGAAAUCCGAUAAACACUCCCUGGAAAUCUCGGGAGAGUACAUGUUUCAUUCAGAAUACCAAUUUCCUGGUGUGUGUUGUCUGACGCUGAAGAACAAAAGUGUCUGCAUUUGGCCGGGAACGCCACAGCUCGGAAUAUUAGAGGAACGUUGCAAUGUGUCCGUGGCCUGAACACCAGAGACUGUAUGGACAAAAUCAAGAAUGGGAUUGCGGACGCAGCCUCAAUGUCUGCAGAUGACAUUUAUGCUGCUGGCCUCUGCCACGGCCUGGAGCUGGCUGCAGGAGAGUCCCACAACAGAGUAGAUGGUAUUAAGUACUACGUGGUUGCGAUGGCUCGUCGCUCCUCCUCAGACCUGUCCCUGCUGGAGAUGCACGAGCGCAGCUCCUGUCACCCCGGCAUUCGUACCACGGUGGGGUGGACCGUCCCUAUCGGCUACCUGGUCAACACCUCCCAGAUCAGCGUCGGGGAGCAGUGCAACUUCCCCAGAGCAGUCGGAAACUUCUUUGGUUACAGCUGCGUGCCGGGGGUCAAGGACCCCAAGCACGACCCCAGAGGCAACAACCCCAAGAACCUGUGCGAGGCCUGCAUAGGAGACGAGAACGACAGACACAUCUGUGCCAACAACCACAGAGAGAGGCACUACGGAGAGGCAGGGGCGCUGAGAUGUGUGGCUGAAAACCUCGGCGACGUGGCCUUUGUCAAACACACAACAGUCUUUGACAAUUUGGAUGGUAAGAACCAGGAGUCCUGGGCCCUGGAUCUGGAGCUGGAGGACCUGAAGCUGCUGUGCCCAGAUGGGACCGAGGCAGGCUUGGACGAAUAUGAACAAUGCCACCUGGCAGCCGUCCCCGCUAACGCUGUGGUGGUGCGUAUGGAGGACAAGUGCCGCGUCUGGAAGUACCUGGAACGUUUACAGAAUGUCUUUGGCAACGCCACCGAGGGUGUCCGCUUGUUCAGCUCGGCAGGCUAUGGCGAAUCCGAUCUGCUCUUCGGUGAUGCUACCCACCACCUGCAGAGGGUUCUGGGUAGCUACACGUCUUGGCUGGGCCCCACUUACACCACCAUGCUGCAAGCCUUCGAGUGUGAGGGCUUCUGCUGAUGGAACAGGAGGAAGACAUCCAGUGCAUCAACUUCCACCCUAUCCCUCUGUCUCCAUCCUCCCGUUUUGCUUUCCCUUCCUGCCAUCUGCAGGAAGAUAGAGGCUCUGUCUCGCCUCUAUCUCUCCUCUUUUGUGCUCGGCUUUUUGUGUUUGUUUUCUCCCUGCAUUUCACCACCCAUUAUCCGUUAUUAUAUCCUCGUCCUCCUUCAACCUGCUACGCCUUCUGAUGUGCUGACUGGCAGGCUAUGACAUCGCUAAGCGGGGCUAAUCGGCUCAGAUAAACUUCCAGAAAACAUCCCCGAAAUAGAGCAUGAUUAAAAGGACACUAGGAAGAGAGGACAGGAAAAAGAAAAGAAUAGGAUAGAAUUAGAAAACAACAGAAAAGAAAAAAGAAAGUGCAGGUUAAUGAGUUGUUGUAGUUGUUAUGUUAUUGACAGACUUCUUCUCUUUUUAAAGCAGUUUUAAAACGAGGAUUUUGAUAAAGAUUUUAGCAAGAUCACACCAUGAACAUGAAAAGUGUCGCCGAAAUUGAAUUAAAUGUAAGAAAAAAAAAAAAUCCUGAUGACCGUUCCUACUCUGUACGUUUGAGGGGAAAUUGUGUUCUUCUCCCCUUUUUGCAUAAGUCUAAGCUUCAGUACCAACCUCCCACCCUCCUCUCACAGGGUCUGUCUCUGGCACUGAACAACAGGGUGCUAUUAACUUAGAAGAAUCAGUCACUGUAUGUAUGUGUGUGUGUGUGUGUGUCUAUGUGUGUGUCUGUGUGUGUGUGUGUGUGUGUGUGUGUGUGUGUGUGUGUGUGUGUGUGUGUGUGUGUUUGUGUGAGUAUAUACUGUUUCCCACAGCCCUUAUUGACCUUAAUGGCUGCCUGGCAUAUUAUACUGUUGGUGUGUGAGUGAGAGAAAGUGUGUGUACGUGUCUGUACGUUUAUGUGUGUUGGUGU